AUGACCAGUGACGUGAGCAGCCUCCCGCUGUGCCCCACUCUGCGCUCCAAGCUCUCGGCUGCAGGUUUUACCAGUGCUGCAGCUGUGGCUCAGGCUGACCCAGCGAGGCUGGCAGCAGAUGCCGCAGUGACGCUGGAGGAUGCCCAGAGGGCACAGCAUGCGGCAGAUGCCAGGACUCGCAGCGGCCUGGCCGGCGCCCUGUCAGCCAAGGCCCUGUAUGACCGCGAGCGGCGCUCCCAGCGCAUCAUCACCUUCUGCGCGGGGCUGGACAGCAUCCUGGGGGGUGGCGUGGGUCUACAGCAGAUCACGGAGGUCUGCGGCGGGCCUGGGCUGGGCAAGACGCAGCUGGGGAUGCAGCUGGCCCUGGACGUCCAAAUCCCCGACUGCUUCGGGGGGCUGGGCGGGGAAGCGCUGUACGUCGACGCCGAGGGCGGCCUGACCCUGGAGCGCCUGACGCAGAUGGCCGACGCGCUGGCGGCCCACCUGCGCCGCGUCGCCGCGGCGCGCGCCGUCGCGCGCCGCGCCCAGGCGGCCGCCGCCCUCACCCGUGAGCGCAUGUUCGACGCGGUGCACCUCUACCGCGUGCACGACCUGGCGGAGCUGCUGGCGGUGGUGGACGGGCUGGUGGCCACCUUGGCGGCCCGCCCCGCCAUUCGCCUGGUGGUGGUGGACAGCAUCGCCUUCCCCUUCCGGCAGGACCACGCUGACCUGGCGGCGCGGACGCGCCAGCUGGCGCAGCUGGGCCAGAGCCUGAUGGAGGUGGCCGUCGCGCACGAUGUCGCGGUGGUGCUCACCAACCAUGUCACCACGCGGCCGGGGGAGGACGGGGGGGCGCCGCCCCGCCUGAUCCCGGUGCUGGGGGACACCUGGGCGCACGUCGCCACCUCGCGGCUAAUGCUGUACUGGGAGGCGGGGGCGCGCCGCGCCUUCCUGUACAAGUCCCCCUCCCAGCCCCCCGCAUCCUGCGAGUACCUGGUCACGGGCGAGGGGAUCCGGGGCAGGAGGCAGCCUGCCAAGCGGGGCCCCGAGGGCGAGUGCCGCGGGGAGGCGGCAAAGAAGUGA